AUGUCUAAUGUGUCUCAGUUCGCAUAUCGACCGGUGGUAAUAGUUGUAUCAGGACCCUCAGGUUCCGGAAAGUCAACCUUACUAAAUAAGCUAUUCGAAGAACACCCAAACAAGUUUGGAUACAGUGUUUCUCAUACAACGCGAAAACCGCGUCCUGGCGAAGAAGACGGGAAAAGUUAUCAUUUUGUAACACGCGAUCAAUUCGGUCAACUCAUAAAUGAAAACGCGUUUAUCGAACAUGCUGAAUUCUCGGGGAAUUUGUAUGGAACAAGUGUGAAAGCUGUUCGUGAUGUAGAAGAUUCAGGAAAGAUUUGUAUCUUGGAUAUUGAAUUAAAUGGAGUUAAAGCGGUAAAGCGAAAACGAGAUGAAUUAGAUGCAAAAUUUCUAUUCGUCUCUCCUCCUUCACUAAAAAUUCUUGAAGAACGAUUACGUGGACGAGGGACCGAAAGUGAAGAUGCAAUAAAAUCUCGACUUGAAGUGGCCAACGAAGAGCUUGCUUAUUCACAGCAAGAAGGUGCUCAUGAUUUGAUAAUUGUUAAUGAUGAUCUUGAUACUGCAUAUCAAAAUUUCAAGAACUUUAUUCUCGAUACGUAUGAUCGAAAAUUUGCGAAUAUUUAA